AUGCCCGGCAGAGAAGGCUUGGUUCUGCACGUGCCCAGCAGAUGUAAUAUAUUGCAAUGACGGUUUUUCAGAUCUUCAUAAUUACAGUCCGAGCGAUGUGCUUUUGCUGAAACGUCGAAACAAUGAAUUUUGAAACAUCAUCGCAGAUAAAAAAAAAUUUCUGCUUCUAAUUUAUCCAUGUUCCAAUCAUUUUUUGUUUUCUAUAUAAACCGAUGAACAAAAAGAUGUUUUUGAGUUGAUAAUCUCGGGAAAAAAGUAAAUUUAUCAUAAGGCAUUUUUAAUUGAGCGUACGGUAACAACCUAUGCACAUAAGUUGCUUACAGUAAUCUAAAAUAAUUUUGCAAACAACUCUUUAUUUAUUUUCUUUUUUAUGAAAAUGCUCAUCAUUAUAAAUUUGUUUUUUACAGAUUAUGGGUAGUUAUUUUUUUCUUCUUCAUCUACUACAGCCCUCGACUUACAGAAAUUUCUGCGAGAAACUGAACAAAUUCGGGUAUUCUUUACAAAUAUAUAAAUACAUUAUAUAUUUAAAAAAAUGAUGUCUGAGAUGAAUCUAGAUGUUCGAUCAAAUCAGAAGCAGAAGCAUAUUAAGAUAUUGGUUUUUAAAGUUUUUGCACCAUUAAGUUAAUUCAUUGUCCUUUCUCAUUUCACCUUCUAAUGUUAAGAUCGAACGAGAACUGGCGUUGAUGCAGAUUCGAGAGAGUAGACGUUUAGCUUUGAAGCUGGCAGAAGAACGAGAGAAGUUGAACUGGUCUUUGUGCGGCGGAGCUCUGGUUGUAGUUUUAUCAACACUUUCCUCUUUUCAUCAUAAGUUUUGACUAUUUAACUUUAGCAUCGGACCAUCAGAUUUCAGAAAUUUAUUGCACAUGCUUCCAGUGUUUCCCACUGCUACUUUUCUCGGUUACAAGGCACAUUUCUGUUACGGAGACCAGCUUCAAAGAAUAAAAGGUUUUAUUCUUCUAGUUUUUCUUUUGAACUGAAAAUAAAAUUUUCAGAAAAUUCGUUAAAUUUGAUUGAGAAAGACGACGAAAGGCUGAAUCUCUUCCCAGCUUCUUUGAACGAAGUGAAGCAGCGAUCAAAAACAGUUGAAGCAAAUUUCUGAAGAUGAAGGUUUUUAAACCUUUUUAUCCAGCAUUCUAGGUUUUUUUUCUUAUUUAAAAUUUACUGAUUUUUUCCGCUGCGGGUUACUUUAGCUUUUCUAAUAAAUUUUUUUGUUUAAAAAUUGUCAUUAAACUUGGAAACCUACAACUGUGAAUAAACUGUUGAUUUAUUUUUUCAUUACUAACUACCAAUUCACUUAUCAUUAACACAGGGAAUGAAAAGCGCAUUGUUUGAUGAAAUAAAAAGAGACGCAGAUGAGAAGGUUUGAUAAUUUCAAAAAGCUCGCUUUAUAUUUCGAACUUUAGAUGGAGCUGCGUUUAGCCAUGCUUGACCUCAACAAUAAUCAGAACGAAGCCCUGGAGGUUAAUUUUUGUUUUUUUUUUUGUUAAUAGUAAUUUUUAUAGUUAUCAAAAAGACGCGAACAGUUUGGCUUCGAAGUUUUGGCGGCAGCCACCACGACUGCCGUUCUUCUUGCGGCUGGCUCAAUUUACAAACGCAAGGUUCUUUUUUUGAUACGAAAUCUUUUUUUUUACUCAUUCAAAUAAAAUAUUUUAUAGGAUUUAGUAGUGCCCAUUGUACCUCUCAUUAUGGGUAUCGGGUACAGAUAUGAUGCCGCCUUCGGCACGAACCGUGAAUCUAUUCGAGGUACCAGUUUUUUUUUUGGCACAAUAAACUAGAAAUCUUGCAGAAUCUGCCGAAAAGAUCCUCAAAACAAAUCCUGAGCUGGUGCAACCUAUAGCCGGCGCUAUAACACUUAGACAAAUCGACGAGUACAGGAAAGCAAACUUUCAAAAAUAA